UGUAAAAGAAAUGGCAGAAGCUGCGCUUAAAUUCUUCAUACAGAGAUUGAAUUCUCUGUUACUGCAAGAAGAUGAGAUCAUCUCAGUCGUGAAAGAUCAUAUCCGUCCGAUCGAGAUCAUACUCAAUGCUAUCAGACCAUUCGUGGAUGGCGCCGCUGCUGGCGGAAGGAAAGAAGAACAAGAAAAAGCAGCCGGCAUCUGGUCGCGCGAACUGAUCGAUACAAUCCACGACGUGGACAACUGCAUCGACGAGUUCAUCGUUCAGAUGAACGGCCAAGAUGGGUCAGACCAAUCUCCCCCUAUCGUCCAGUUCAGAAGCAAAUUGGAAAAUAUCAAGGCCCGCCUCGUCGAAAUCCUGGAUAGAAAAGUUCGGAUGAUCAACAUGGAGAACUUCAAAUCGAGCUAUGAAAGCUUGCCGUAUUACCUUAAAUCCUGUUUGAUGUACUGCUGUAUCUUCCCUGCUGAUAGCUGUAUCGGGAGGGGGAAACUCGUUCGGAUGCUGGUAGCUGAAGGGCUGAUAGAAGAAAAACAGGGAGAGAUUGUCGAAGUUGUGGCCGAAAAGUACAUUGAGGAAUUGAAUAGGAUUGGAAUGCUUGAAUCCAAUGAAGAACAAGCAGAUCGGGACCAAAAGUUCAAGAUCAACGCUCAAUUCCGGGAAUUCUUACUCCAGAUGAUGGAGGAGGAGAAUUUCGUUGCGGCAUGUACAAGCCCGGAUGCUCGAAUCCCUCCUACUGCUCGACGUGUCUCAAUUCACGAUGAUGGGAAUAAUUUCCCGGCGAAUUUGAAUAAUCUCGCGAUCCGGUCGUUGAUCAUGCUCAGCAUCGGCCGCUUAUCGGAAUCGGCUUGGAAUCGCCUGAGGACCACGCUUUGUAGUAUGAAAUUGCUACGGGUGUUGCAUCUCGAAGGCGUGAAGAUCGACAGGCUACCGGAUGAAGUGGGAGAUCUGGUACACUUGAGGUAUUUGGGCCUGAAGAAUUCGGAAAUCAGAGAGCUGCCGGAGAGUCUAAGCAAUCUUCAGAGUCUGCAGACGAUGGAUGUCAGAUGGUGUGGGGAGCUAGCGUCGUUGCCGGACAGCAUUCUGAAUCUUGUUCGGUUGCGACAUCUCAAAAUGUUCAAGAAUUCCGGUGUUGCUGGGGUGAAGCUUCCUACCGGAAUCGGGAAACUGGAGAAAAUCCAAACGCUGACGGGCAUAUACGCCGGCGACGCCAUCGCUGAAGAGCUGAGCAGGAUGAUUCAGAUUCGAAAGCUGGGUGUGAUGGAUGUGUCGGAAGAUCACGCAGCUGAAUUAUACGCUUCGAUCAUGAAAAUGGAGGGCCUUGUUUCACUGACACUGGAAGCAGAACAUACAUAUCCCCAACAACCGAUCCUCCCGUUAGACGGACUCGAACUCACCUCUCAUCUUCGGAAGCUCCGUCUCGAAGGGAAGCUAGAGAGAAUUCCAGGCUUCUUUCUAGCCUUAGAAAACCUCACUAAGCUGAGAUUGGGAUUUUCGUUUCUGUUGGAAGACUCGUGUUCUGUUCUUCAAAUGCUGCCUAAUCUGAAACAGCUCUGCUUGUGGCGAGCCUACGAGGGAAGACGUCUUGGGAGGGAAUUUUGCGGUGCGGGCGGGUUUCCGAAACUAGAAGAUCUGACCAUUGCUUCUCAUGAGCUGGAAGAGUGGACGGAGAUCGAAGAGGGAGCGAUGCCGAGCUUGAAGUGGCUGAGGCUCCAUAACUGUUUGAAAUUGAGGAUGCUGCCUGAAGGGCUGCAGCAUGUAACUACAUUGAAGCGGUUGUACUUGAUUCCUCUGCUUGAUGAUCAUGAACAGAGGCUGCGGCCCGGUGGAGGCGAAGAGAACUACAAGAUCAAGCACAUCCCAAAAAUCAAGUUCAUGACCACUUCCGACGUUAAACGGAGUGUAUCCGAGGUGGCCGUGCCGAUUUCGUGUGCUGAUCCAUUGGGGCCAUGAUCAGGAGAGUCGGAAGAUACAGGCCGUUCAUCAGGUGGGGCCCACUGUAGACAUGCCCUGGCCCAAGAACCUGGCCAGUCUGCUCGUAGGACCACAGUCGUGAGGGGAGGAUGAGCUGAACAUCAUCUUUGCUGCAGCUUAAACGCCAUGGAAAGAAAAAAAAAAAAAAUCAAUAAACGAUGAGUUGAAAUUUUAUUUUUAUUUUUGUUUUUUUGUCUUUUGUUUUUUUCCUUCUUCAACUUUGGACCUUUGUAGAUCUU